UUCUCUCUGCAAGUGCAUCACAGAGUCACAGAAUAUCCUGAGCCAGAAGGGACCUGCAGGGAUCAUCCAGUCCAACUCCUGGCCCUGCACAGACACCCCAACAAUCCCACCCUGGGCAUCCCCAAGAGCAUCAUCCAAACACUCCUGGAGCUCUGGCAGCCUCGGGGCUGUGCCCAUUCCCUGGGCAGUGCCAGCACCUCUGUGGGAGAACCUUUCCCUGAGAUCCAACCUGAACCUCCCCAGCACAGCUCCAGCUGCUCCCUGGGGCCUGUCACUGUCACAGGGAGCAGAGAUCAGAUCCUGGGGAGGAGCUCCAGCCCCGGUGAGGUCUGACCUCAGUGUAAGGCAGUGGGAAAGAAGAGGUGGAUGUGCCACAGGCUUUUUGUCAUCAGAAAAGGGACAAGGAGAACAAAGGCAAUAACCACAGCGCGUGGGGAGCAGAGGCUUGUCCCGAUGACCUAAGCGGCAGCUGGGCGGCACAGCAACAAACAGAGCAAUAAACAGAGCAAUAAACAGAGCAAUAAACACGUGCUGGUCUCGUGAGGCUCGGCCCGGGCAUGGCCGGAGGCUGAUGUGAGCUCAGGCCCUUGGCGUUUCCUUCCUCCGUGCCACACCAGUCGCUUCCUGCCAGUCCCACCUUCCUCUCCAGCCUCUCUUCCAUUCCCUGCCGCGCUGUCAGCGCUCCCGGCUCUGCUUUGGGCUCGGCUCCCGGAGCAGGGAGCGCUCGGGACCGGUGUCUCCGGCCCGGGACAGCGCCGGGGGUAGCGGGGAGCUCCAGCCGCACACCCGGGGCCGCGUCCCGGGCACCCGACACGAGCCGGGCCGGGCCCCGGGGCAUGGAGCCCGCACACACCAUGGCAGAGCUCAUCCGCACCUCCGCCGACGCCUACCUGUCUGGGGGCAGCAUGGCGCGGCGCCCGCGGAGCAGCCGGGCCUGGCACUUCGUCCUGAGCGGGGUCCGGCGCGAGGCCGACGGCCGGGCCGGCACACGGGGCUGGGGCUACGACUCUGACGGGCAGCAGCACAGUGAUUCGGAUUCAGAGCCGGAGUUUUCCUCCCUGUCUCCCUCCAUCCCGAGUGCCAUCCCUGUGACUGGAGAGUCCUACUGCAACUGUGAGAACCAGAGUGAAGCUCCCUACUGCUCCAGCCUGCACGCCCUGCACCGCGUCCGUGACUGCCGCUGCGGCGAGGAGGAUGAGUAUUUUGACUGGGUGUGGGAUGACCUGAACAAGUCAACGGCCACGCUGCUGACGUGUGACAACCGCAAGGUGAACUUCCACAUGGAGUACAGCUGUGGCACGGCCGCCAUCCGCGGCAACAAGGAGCUGGCAGACGGGCAGCACUUCUGGGAGAUCAAGAUGACCUCUCCAGUGUAUGGCACUGACAUGAUGGUGGGGAUUGGGACAUCGGAUGUGAACCUGGACAAGUACCGUCACACCUUCUGCAGCCUGCUGGGCAAGGAUGAGGACAGCUGGGGACUCUCUUACACAGGACUGCUGCAUCACAAGGGGGACAAAACAAACUUCUCCUCAAGGUUUGGCCAAGGCUCCAUUAUUGGUGUGCAUUUGGACACGUGGCACGGGACACUCACGUUCUUCAAGAACCGCAAGUGCAUAGGUGAGAGCCAGGGAUGGGGUGGGAGGAACUUGAGUCUGGCUGCAGCAGGAAACACUGGGAAAGCAGAAGACCAAGGGGUGGCAGCCACAAAGCUGCAGAACAAGAAGUUUUACCCCAUGGUGUGCUCAACAGCAGCCAAGAGCAGCAUGAAGGUGAUCCGCUCCUGUGCCAGCUGCACGUCCCUGCAGUACCUGUGCUGCUUCCGCCUGCGCCAGCUCCUGCCCGACUACGUGGACACGCUGGAAGUGCUGCCCCUGCCCCCAGGACUCAAACAGGUGCUGCACAACAAACUGGGCUGGGUCUUGAGCAUGAACUGUAGCACGUCAAAGCCUUCCUCCUCCUCAUCCUCGGGGAGCGACUCGGACAGCUCGUGCGGCUCGGAUGCGGAGGCCUGCCAAAGGAAGAGGUGCAGGAGGACAUAAUGGCUCUGCACAGCAGCUGGGUGGUGUUUGUUGUGUUGUCUGCAAGGGCCAGUCAAGUCUGAUGCACCUCUUCUUCUGGGGACAUCCAUUUCUACAUGUUGGCAAAGAUUUCUCCAGUGCUGUGGGAAUCUUUGGCCUCGACAUCCAUCACAGGCAUUUAGAAGAGGUGCUGGCUCCAAGAGAUGCUAGCUCUGACACAAGAAAUUUGUGGUGAAAUAUCUGAGCUUCAUCUCCUGGCUUGCUAUGGAAGUCAGCACCUCUUCCUGAAGGAUCUCUCUUCUCCCGGUUGGCACAGACAACGUUUAAGAAAUUGGACUUGAUGACAGGAGUUGGACUGAUAAUUUUCAUGGCUCCCUUCCAGCUCAGGAUGUUCUGUGGUGAUUAAGGUGGCCUCCUGGUUGGAGUGUACUGGAUUCCAGUCAGAUAACGGACCUGACUCAUCGAGACACAAUCCCAGGCCACUCCUCUCCUCUUGUGUGUAGGUUUGGUGUCUGCCAUGACCUCCUGCUCUGGGGCACGACUGGAGCAGCAGCUGGAGGGAAAGAGCCCCCAGAGACACUGCUGGGAGCAGGAGCUGAGCUGUGGGUGGUCUUCCUCAAGCCCUGGGGUCUUUGAAUUGCUUUGCAUGUUGGUUCCUGCUGCUUCUCCUCUGUCCAAGACUGUGUUAAACUGUAAUAAUAAAAGUAGAAGCUGUCUGUU